AUGCCAACGCCAGAAUCUAAAGGAUUCUUGCUGGAUCUGCGUAGUGGCAAGAUCAAGCAGAUCUGCGUACUCGUCACAGAGGACGAGUUCGUCGCCGAUAUUCGGUCAGAACAAGUGUUUGCUGAGAAAGAAAAGGUUUUCAGUAGUUCAUCUAUGGACGAGAGUGUCGUCAAUGAGGAGACCCGGAUUGAGUGA